UAUGUGACUUCUACUCUCUCCUCUCUCUCUCUCUUCUUCACUUCACACAGACAGACACAGCCUUUAACUUACUUUGUCUCUUUGCAUUCCCUCAUUUUUCUCUCUUCCCCAUUAUUUCUACGAUUCUCUCUCACCUGUGAAUACUUUUCUUUGAGAUCUCUAGAACAGCAACAGAUUCCAUCUGAAAAAUCAGGUACAUGAUUUUGUGACACAAGCAGAUUAAGAUGGAAGGAGUAAUAAAUGCUGAGGCACCCUUGGAUUAUGCUGCAUUUCAGAUUAUGCCCACUCAAAAUAGGUAUGAGGCAUUUGUUUGUCGAGACAGAAAAACAGAGAAAGUUGCUUCUGGUCAUCUAGAACAGCUCACGUUAGAAUUACCUGAAGUGAAAACUGCAGAACAGGGUGACAACUUCAAACUCCAGUUACCUGAAAAUCUAAGGGGCUCAGCAUGGUUCACCAAAUCUACUCUAACUAGAUUCUUGCAUAUUGUCGGUGCACAUGAAAAAUCAACGAUUUGCAAGUCUCUUAGGAGUGAGAUGGCUCAGCUGGAGGAAGCUAGACGGUUUCAUCUUGAGUUGUAUGGCCAGGGUCAUAAGGAGCAUCCUGGAUCAGGGAAAACAGAUGGCCAUUCAAAAGUUGCAGAACGAACAGUAGAUUCCCAGACAGUGCCGUCUGAUGCUACAAGGAAUGAACUGCUGCGAGCAAUGGACUUGAGAAUAGCAGUAUUAAAAGAGGAUUUCACUGCUUCUUUCAACCAGGCUGUAGGUGCUCCAUGCUCCAUUGAGCAGAUAACUGAUUUGGUGACAUUUUGUGAGCAUUUUGGAGCAAUGGAACUAAGGAAUUUUCUGUCCAAGUAUAUAGAAUUGGGAGUAAUGGAUCAAGUUGGUGAACCCCAAAAUGACCAAUCAAGCGGCUUGCUUGAUUCUAAGAAUGGCAGCGAAAUAACAAAACUGACAGCUCAGCACUCUUCGCCGAUGAACACAUUCAAGGCAAUAAAAUACAAUGCCUCCCCUGCUAAAGCUGCACAACGUGAACGUCAAAGCUCGACUGGUAGCGAGGAAUCGUCUAACUCGGGCGAUGAAGAUCAGUCCUUUUCAGAAAGAAGCCGUCCCCUUGUGAGAUCUGGUUCAUCUAGGAGGUCUGCAUCACCAAUGCGGAGAAUACAGAUAGGAAAAUCUGGAUCACGCAGAGCUGCUGCACUAACAAUUAAGAGUCUUAGCUAUUUUCCAGCUAGGGAAAGGGUAUCUUCUAAUAGAGAUGGGACAGGGAACAGCAGUGAAGAUGAAGAUUCUGUUGUUCAGCCACCGGAAAAACCUGAGAGUAAUGUAAGAAGGAUGAGUGUUCAAGCUGCAAUCAGUCUCUUUGAGAACAAACAGAAAGAUCAAAGUUUGGAUCUUCAGAAAAAGAAAACUUCAGCGGAAGUCUCCGUCAAUACUAACAAGGCUGUUUUAAGAAGAUGGAGUUCAGCCAUGGGUGAUUCUUCAACCCAGUCCCCGUCAGAGAAUGGGAAUGCUUCUGAAGAAGCUGCUCAGAUAUGUACAGAUAAUUUAGAGAGUGAAGAAGCUCAGACUAGUGAAGUGAAGUCGGAACAGAACUUUCUUGGUGAAAGUUUGAACCCCAUUAAUACUGUUGAGCCAGAUUAUUUUCUAGGUGGAGGAGGGGAGAAGAGAACAACUUAUCGAACAACUCGAAAAGCUGAUAUUCUUGUAAUCCACGAAGAUGAGGAUACUUGUGAACGAGUAACAAAAUCUGCUGAAUGGAGCCAGCGAAAGAAAGCAGAGUUGAGCCAAAUGUUGAAAAUGAUGGAGAAUAAGCCUGUCAGACAUCGAAACAUGGCCACUCAAAAUAGCAGAAAACAAGAGUCUCCCAAUGAACAAAGGGGUGGCUUUUAUGAUCACUACAAGCAGAAGAGGGAUGAGAAACUUAGAGGAGAGAAUUCUGGGAAGCAGGCACAAAAGGAAGAACAAUUUAAAGCACUGCAGGACAUUCUUGAGCAGCAAAAGGCUGAGAUGGCCUCCAAAGCUACGAAUAUGGCAGGAAAACAAAGUUCCUUAUUAAGUAAGCCUCGAAAAACUCAAAAGAGUCCAUCACCACCUGUUAAACCCAAAAAGGAAGCCCUUAAACCAGCUGUUCCACGCAAGACUUCAACCAAAGCCUCACCAAAAACAUCUUCCCUGCCAGCAGCGCGCAAGUCCUGGCCAUCUGCUCCAUCCUCGAAAACAACUGUUCCCGCGCCAUCUAAAACACCUAAUGGAAUCUCCUCUACUGGCACCACACCAACUCGUCGGAAAUCACAACCCACACCUUCUCCAACUCGCACAACUCCGAAAGUUGAAAGACCCCUACAGCAACCCAAGAGCACAAAAAGUGUGCAAAGUGAGCCUAAACGGACCUUGAAAAGUCAGGAAGUGAAGAAGCAGCAAGCAGUAAGUAAGAGUGAGAAAACCACAAAAACAAAGUCACAUUUAGCUCCGGCGGAUGGCUCUAGUUUGGCUCCCACCAAGCCGAGUUUUUACAGCAAGGUGACAAGAAAGGGUAGUGUGGUUCCAUUAGAGUCCAAGCCUUUCCUGCGUAAGGGCACUGGAAUUGGCCCGGGUGUUGGCCCUGGUGUUGUGAAGACAAAGGCUUCUCAAUCAGAAGAACCUUCAAGAGACAGUGGCAAUCUUGUUAGGAAUGAAGAGGAGGAGGUGGUUGCUGAAACUCCAAAACCAAUGCCAGAGCAGCAAGAGGAAGAAUACGCCAUCCUACCGGUAAGUGAUGUUACUGACUUAGAACCCGAAGCUUCAGUACAUAGCCCCCAGAAUUGUGAACAAACAGAAAAUCGUGCUGAAUUUGUUGCUGAAGGUGAUAGCUGCAAAGAGACGACAGAUUAUCCAGUAGAAAUGCAGUCUGACGAGGUACCAACCAUCUCACCGAAUGCCUGGGUCGAAAUAGAAGAGCAUCAAGAAGAGAUGCCUGUAUCUUGUGACAAUGACAUAAACCCUGCUUUGCCUGUUGCAAACCCAACUGAUAUUGCGCCAAUCAGAUCGUCAAGUCCACGCAUUCGUCAUUCUCUCUCACAGAUGCUGCAAGAAGAAAAUGGUGAUCCUGAGAUCAUUGAGUGGGGGAAUGCUGAAAACCCACCAGUCAUGAUCUAUCACAAGGAUGCACCAAAAGGAUUCAAAAAGCUCUUACAGUUUGCCAGGAAAAGUAAGGGGGACGGUAACAUAACUAGUUGGUCCAAUCCGUCGGUGUUUUCUGAAGGCGAGGAGGAUGCGGAGGAAUCUAAAGCUGCUAGUAAGAGAAAUUCAGAUGCUUUGCUGAGGAAGGCUGCUAUUCAAGCUUCAUUUGCUGACAGCAUAAAUGCUGGAAAUUCAGACAAGAGAGCUACGGACAAUACACCCACUAUUCAUGAUUUACUGUCAGCGGCUCAAGCAAGCAGGAUGGCUGAGGGACACAUGUCUGCUGCAGCUUCCUCGUCUAAAGCAGGACGGUCAUUCUUCUCUCUUUCAACAUUUAGGAGCAGCAAAUCGAACGAAACAAAACUUCGUUAACGAAGGCAAAUACUUGUAAAGGGAAAAAAAAUGUUAACAUUUAUCUCCUCUCCUUGACCUUGUGUAGGUGGUUUUGCUCGAGGCAAAUGUUUUUCUUUUCUCUUUAUUUUUUUGGUUGUUAUGUUUGUCAUAUUGGUCGAGCCUGGUUCUGCAUAUUGUCGGCUGAGUUAUCUGUAAAUUCAAAGUGAUUAAUAUAACAAUAGAGAUUAUUUUUUGCUGAAGAUUUGUACCUUCUCUGUACCAGAAAAUACUAGAGACAGAUAUAUUAGCACGUAGGAUGUAAUCAUUUUCUCAUGAUUACCUUAGCUAUACUUUCUAAUUUAUGGUUUGUUUCAA